AUGGCGAAAAGAAAGAGACAACAAGUCAGCGUGGCUGAGACCACCGUCGCUUUUGAAGAGACUCAAACUAAGAAAUCGAAGCCCGCUCCUGCCCCUACGGAACAGACUACGAAAACAAACGGCCGCUCUUCCGCUGCUCUGCAGGCCGAGACCCUUCAGAUCAUUGCGGGUUCCUACGACCAAGUGCUACACGGCAUGACAGCUUCUUUUCACAGCAGCCCCGAGUGCCAAUUCUCCGACACCUUCCUCUUCAACGCUCACAGCUCAGCCAUCCGCUGCGUGGCCGUGUCGCCCGUCUCGGCCCCGAUCCCCGGGCAGGCGCAAAAGGUGCUGCUGGCGACGGGCAGCACCGACGAGCGGAUCCACGUCUACAGCCUCUCCGCGCACCCGCCCCCCCGCGACGACGAGCGGAGCCGCGCGCAGCUGGCCGCCGUGGCGUCGCGGCCGAUCCGCGAGAACCCCAAGAACCGGGAGGUGGGCACGCUGCUGCACCACGCGUCGACGGUGACGGCGCUGCGCUUCCCGACGCGCGGCAAGCUGCUGUCUUCGAGCGACGACUCGACGAUGGCGGUGACGCGCACGCGCGACUGGUCGGUGCUGAGCACGGUCAAGGCGCCGAUCCCCAAGGCGCACGGGCGGCCGAGCGGCGACACGGCGCCGUUCGGCGGCGCGCCAUCGGGCGUCAACGACUUUGCGAUCCACCCGAGCAUGAAGGUGAUGAUCAGCGUGAGCAGGGGCGAGCGCUGCAUGCGGCUGUGGAACCUGGUGACGGGGAAGAAGGCGGGCGUGCUGAGCUUCACGCGCGACAUGCUAGUGCAGGCCGGCGAGGGCAAGCACGCGAGCGGCGAGGGCAGGCGGGUGGUUUGGGGCAGCGCGGAUGGCGCGGACGAGUUCGCGGUGACGUUUGACCGCGACGUCAUCGUGUUCGGCAUGGACAGCGUGCCCAAGUGCCGCGUGAUGCCGUUCAAGUCCAAGUUGCACCAAAUCGCCUACCUUAGCAUAGGCGGCGCCGGCCAGGCGGAGGAGGAGGAAUCGGUCAUGGCAGUUUCCACCGAGGACGGCCGCGUGCUGUUCUUCUCGACCAAGACGGACGACCUGGAGCGGCUGGAGGAGGAAGACGGCGAGGGCGACAAGAUGCCCCUCGCGAGACUGGUCGGGCAGCUCGGCGGCCGGGACGCCGGUGUGACGAGCCGCGUCAAGGACUUUGUGGUGCUCCGCAGCGGUCUCAACGCCGGUGUGCUGUACGUGGUGACGGCGAGCAGCGACGGCAAGGUGCGCGUCUGGACGGUCAUGGACGAGGAGCUGCGCAGCGGGGGAGGAAAGUCGGUUGGCGCGCUGGCGGGUGUGUAUGAGACGAAUAAUCGCAUCACCUGCCUGGCGGCGUUUGUCAUGGUCCCGCGGCCGGACGGCGCCGAGGACAGCGAGGAGGAGGAUGUCGAUGAGGAUAAGGAAGAGGCUAGCGAUGAUAGCGAGGAUGAGAGCGAUUGA